AUGGCGGACCCAGGAAUGUACGAGUUUCUCAGCCAGCAGCCACCUCCACAGCCACCGCCAUCAUCGUCAACAACGCCUUCCAAGCCAACUCUAACAACGAGAAGGUCCCACAUCCACCACCACCACCACACCCAGACGCCGUCGUCUCGGCUCUUCCCGUGCCUCUACUGCCCUCGCAAGUUCUUUACCUCCCAAGCCCUUGGCGGCCACCAGAACGCCCAUAAGCGCGAGCGCGCCAACGCCCGCCGCGCCCGCCUCCACUCCCCUCCUCCUCCGCCGCCUUCCGCCUCGCCCAACUCCGCCAUCCUUGACCGCUAUUGUCCGGUAGUCGUCCCCAACUACUACCACCACCAGUACGGCCAGUACGUACACGGCGGCUACAUGGCGGACGCCGGCGGUUCUGGAUCUAGCUCUUUGGUGGCGGUUGGGGUUCAGUACUACUAUGGUGGGUCCACCCCGGAGUCUGAUCUUUCUCCCACCACCACCAACACCGUUGAUAAUGCUGACCGCCUCAACCUUGACCUCUCUCUUCACUUGUGA